GAACCAAGUUUUAUAAAUAGCUUAAUCGUGGCAAGAUGUUAGUACGAAAACAAAAACUCAUCAGCCUACAUUUUUGAAGCCCCUUGAACUUUCCACGUUUAACGAGCCUUGCGUGACUUGUCACACAACAGUGAACCUCUGUCAGUUUUGUGAUGAGAUUUAUCUCGUUAUGGCGUUUUAAACAUUGUAGGAAUGUUCAUACGUAACACCAGUUAUAACGAGAAAGGUGGAUAUAAACAGUGCACAAACUUUGUGAUAAGUUUAGGGUCAAUUUCCAAAAAAAUUGCUGUCAUGGGUGAUGGAUUGAAACUGCAAUGAACACGUACAGCGGGUGCUGACAUUCCCCCGUGCUCCGUGGGCGCUCGUUUAAUUUAUUCCGUUUUUUUUCGCGGGUCGAGCUUAGACUUGAAUCAACUUGAAAGUAUAAUUGAGUUUGCAAGUCUAUACUGGAAGGGGCUGCAACCUAAUGGAUUGUCAAGACAACCAUCGCUACCACCCUUACUCCCCUCCUGGAGAUGCUCGGCAGGAGAGAUAUAUUGGUAGGGAAUGGCAAAGGCAAACUCAUAGUCCUCCAUAUGCUGCUGCACGCAGGGGAGGAAGGAGAAGCAGGUACCCAACUGGUCGAAGAGGAACUGGAAAUUUUCCACGAUCUAUCAACAGAGAAGAGGUGUAUCGUAGUCAUCCAUCCCACAGACCAGUAAGAUCUAGCGAUGGACACAUAGAUCCAAGAUAUGAUGGGCCACAUCGAAGACCAUCUCCACAUUGGUACCAAGGUAGAUCAAUGCAUUAUGGCCCACCUCGCCCACCAACCCACUAUUACUAUCAAAGGAACAUCAGGUUACGUUAUAGAGAAGCUGGAUAUGGCCCCCCUGGGUCACUCAGGUUGCAUCCGAAGAGUACAAGACCAACUGGUACACAUCCUACAGGCUCGUCAUUUUCAAAUCCAAAAUCUUUAUCAUCAAGCACGCCAUCAGGAAGUCCUCACUUUACCAAGAACUCAAUAACAAAGGUGUCAGAUUCUUCACGCUCAUCUCCAACAAGUACUAGUGUAACAUGCAAACACGUGCAUCCAAACUCAGCUGGCACUAGUGGUCAGCCUUCAGGGGACAAACAAAUUACUUCUGAUGUCAAGAAUCCGUCAAUCGUCAAAGUUGCACCAUUUAGUCAUCAGCCAUCACCUAACUUUACAAAAUCCUCUGUGACCUCAAGCUUAUUGUCUGUGCCACUGAACAGCACUACUAUCGAAACAAAUUCUCAGGUCAAACCUGAAGGUCAAAUGGUCUUGAACUUGCCCAGUAAAACAACUGGUUAUCAAGAAAGCACUGGAAGUGAUACUUGCCUGGCUCCAGAGGGUGGCUUAAUGACAGUUUUUGCUCCCACUGCAGAUGGUCAGAUGCGACCCAUUUGCACAACAAUUUGUAGUUGUGAACUAAGGAAACGCUCUCUGAAAUAUGCUGACAAAGGAAAAACAAAGGGUGACUCUAUUGUUAUAGACUCUGAUGAGGAAGAAGAGAAAAAGAAUAAUGUCGUUGUUGACUCUGUCAAUAAACAAGGUGAUGAAAAACUUUCAGAAGGCAGUAUUCCUGUUACAGAUCAAUCAAGUGUCAAGGACGAAUCAAGUUGCCAGGAAUCACCAAGAAAAAGAGCAAAAAUGAGUACAGAAAAUGUCUCGUUAACAAGCUCAUCUCUAGGAGACCAAUCUGCACCAGUUGUAGCUGCUGAAGCAUCAAGUACAUGUACUAUUACAGAAUCUGUUGCCGACACAGUUUCAAGGGUUGUGGAUGGGUUGCGGCAGAGUCUUGGUGAGGGAUGCAGCAGCAGUACGUCGUCGGACUCAUUGUCCAUAGUUAGUGCACAUAUUACAGAUGAAGGCACAAUCCUAAGAGAUCCACAAAUCCUGCAUGGAAUAUUGAGUAUAUGUAAAGAAACAUCUAGUCCGUGGAAGAAGUUUAAGACGUCUCCCAGGAAUUUGUUUACAGCAGCAAAGGACUGCAAUAUUCAAAAAGUUCUUUCUCUGCUUGCUGAGGGAUGUGAUCCAAACCAGCAAUUGUUGAAAGCGAAAGGAAAGACAGCUAUGCAUGCAGCUGCUGCAGGAGGCUAUGUCGAUAUAAUGGCUUGCUUGAGACUGGCGGGAUGUGACUUAAACCUUGUGGACUAUGAAAAUAGAACACCACUUUUUGAUGCAGUGAAUAAUCACAAAGUGAAAGCUGUAGAAUACCUCAUAGAUUGCGGAGCAGCCCUUGGAAUCAAGGACACUGGAGGUAUGACUUGUUUUCAUCUGGCCACCCGCCAUGGGCACACUGAUCUGAUCAAACUGUUGCUCAAAACAGGAAAGUUCGGUAUCGACCAAAAGGACGAUGGAGGCUGGACCCCCAUCAUGUGGGCAGCUGAGGAUAAACAGUAUGACGCCACUCAAUUGUUGAUUGAACAAGGAGCCAAUGUUCAUAUUAGAGACGAAGAGCUUAACGUUGCCCUUCACUGGGCAGCCCUAUCUGGUAAUUUUGAAGUCUGCAAACUCCUCCUAGAUGAGCAUACUGACAUCAACAGUCAAAAUAAACGAAUGGAUACAGCACUACACAUUGCUGCAAGAGAAGAUCGUUACGAAUGUGUCCAGUUGUUCUUGGGUCGUGGAGCCAACAUUCACAUCAGAAACGAAGACGGUCAAACGCCUUUCGAGGUCGCUGAACCAGAUUCAAGAGGUAAACAUUUGUUGAAGUCAAAGCUCGAUCUGGAAUUAUGUCAGGAAUCCAUUAGGCCGCGCAUUCUACAUAGUGAUAUUUCCCGUGGGCAGGAAAACGUUUCAAUAUCUUGCAUAAACGAGGUUGAUGACGAGUCCUUCCCGGAAUUUGUAUUCAUAAAGGAAUGCUGCGAAAUAUAUAACGGGACGAUAAACUGGAGUGUUUCAAAAUUUGAGGGUUGUCAGUGUCAAAAAGACUGUCGCAGUGGCACAGCUUGCAGCUGUGCUCAAAGCAGUGAACGGCAUAGUAUUUGGUACAACGAGGAUGGUGUUUUAAUGGGUGACAUGCAGAAGUAUGACAGACCUCUUCUUUUUGAGUGUAACAGAAUGUGUAAGUGCUGGUCGUACUGCAGGAACAGAGUUGUUCAGAGAGGAAUGCGGUAUCCAUUACAACUGUACAAAACCUACAGGAAAGGUUGGGGUGUACGAAGUCUUGCAGAAAUUCCAAAAGGAAGUUUUGUCUGUGAAUACACGGGCGAGUUAAUAUCUGACACCGAAGCAGACGCUCGAGCCGAUGACUCUUACCUGUUCGACUUGGACUGUAAGGAAAGUGCCCAGGAGUUGUACUGCAUUGAUGCCAAGAAUUACGGGAACAUUAGCAGAUUUAUUAAUCACUCCUGUGAACCAAACAUCUUUCCCAUACGCGUAUUCAUCCAUCAUAGAGACAUUAGAUUUCCGAGAAUUGCUUUCUUUGCCACGAAGGAGAUUAAAGUACACGACGAGGUUUGUUUUAACUACGGAGACAGGUUCUGGUCAGUUAAAAAGAAGGAGUUUUACUGUGAAUGUCGCACGCCAACCUGCAAGUAUCGAAAUCCUCACAGUUAACCUCUCCACAAGGCAGUGGUUCUCUUUUGUCUUUCUUUGUGUUCCUGUUUCCUCUGGUCAUUCGCUACUUCAGUAACUGAAGAGAACAAACUCAAAAGUGUUUUUUUUCCACGUACGCUUUUUAACUGAUAUGACAAUGUUGCGCUUUUGCUCCGUCGAGCAUUCGCUAUCUCACUGAGUGACGAUGUUGUCAUAGAUAUUCAGGUGCGAAAGUACUGGUUUCCUAAACUCCUGUACAAUGUGACCUCAAUAUAAUGAACAAACUCUGUUCGCCAAAUUUCUUUUGUAUUGUAUAUUUAUAUCGGUGCUUUUCCUCUUUCCGGUAAUUCAACAAAGUCCCUAAGGCAAUCAUUCUAUUUUGGAAAAGCUUAAAAUGUGCACAGACACCAACCACGUUGAUUUGUAAGCUGUUUGAUCUGAAAUAUCGCCAGGUAUUGGUGGAAUCAUUGCCACUAGGAUGUUCCUUGACUUGUUUAGUCACUUGUUAGACUGACUCAGAAAUUCUGACGAUAUAAGAGGCACUUUCUCGUGAUAUGUGCUGAAGGGUAUAUUUAUACUCAAUAUCUUUAGAAAUUAGUGCAUUCCUGAGAUUGUUCGUUACGACAGAGCUACUUUGUGCGAGGGUCUGUCUAUAGUUAAAGGGACACAGUCAGUUGGCGUACAUGCGCAUUAGAUACCAUUUCAUAGCUAAUUUGCAUAUCACAGCGACGCGAUCCAUACUGUUUUUAACCAAAUAUGAUAAAAAUAAUAUCAAUAACAUGAGUAAAAGCAUACUCAAAACGGUCAGCGCGGUCCCAAAGCUGACUGUGUCCCUUUAAGAGCCUUUUUAAUCUCUUCCCUUUAACUUAUAUCUGCUAUUAUUGUAACGUUGGCGUUCAUAUGAAAUUAAGGUAUUAUAAUAUAUAUUAUGUAUAUUUUUAAAUGAUGCAUAUUUCAUUCAUCUCUUUGAAUACAUGUACACCUUGUAUGUCAGUGUGUUGAGUAGGUUCCUGACUCUGUACUGUGCGUGACUGCAUCGUUUCUAAAUGAGUUCCCUGUUUCAAAUACUUGCAUUAUCGCGCCAGGGAAACGUCAGAAACGAAGCUUGUUUUCUCGUUUUCCUGUUCUCAGAAAUAAUCUUACCAAGCAGGUUUCUUAUUUAUCGCGUUUUGCGAUUGAAGAAGUGCAGUUUAAAGGGAGGAACGAAAAGCUCAAUUUAGAUAAAAAAUUCAACUUCGACAGAAACCAGAGAUUGAUUUUUUUAUUGACUCAACUUUCAGUCUUUUAAAAGAACGUUUUCUAUUUUAAGAAAAGUCUGAUUCGAAAGUUUAUUUAUUCACUGGAUUUAACCCUCAUAUCAGCAACAACCAACCAUUUAUUUUCUCAAGAGUGAUCAAGAAAUCAAUUCUCCUUAUAGUAUCAGAGAUAAAUUAGAGAAUUAAGAAGAUCAUUAAGCACAGGGAAUGUUUUUCAUGUAUCAUUCGCAGAACCGACUUUGAGCGAAAUGUGUCUUAAGGGUCGAGUUUGAGAAUAAUGGGGUUACUGGUACUGUUGUGUACGAGAAGUUAUAUAAUAUGUCUAUCUCAGAGAUUAUUUCUGUGCGUUUAGUGUACAAACGUACUUUUCUUUUGUUUUAUCAUCAUUUAAUAUCAUCUUUUAUUUUUUUUACUUAAACCUUUCCUAUCCAUAAUCGCAAUUGGUUUAAGCUGAUGGCGAUGCACGAGAUAUUCCGCGAAAAUUUUAUCAUCUCUAUUUUGUAAACAAAUUAUCGCUGCUGUGUCGCGUGUUUUGUUUUUUUUUGUUGUACUUACUGUGUGCUUUUAGAAUGAACAUUUAUACUGUAGUAGGUUGUGAUUGUUAUAUUAGUCACUGAAUUUCUUCGAAGGCUUUAUUUGUAUUUAGAAGACUGUUUUCUUUCAAGAUCUGAGUGUGUUCAGAGUGCCUUGUCUCUUUCUGUUUAUGCAUAUUUAUAACCCCAACGAAGUACAUGUUAUUGAAAUAAAAUUCUUAUUCGAGAA